CUUCGCGAGCUAUGGAUGAUGCGCAUGCGCGGUCCGUGAGCCAGGUGCUCGCGUAUUUUCGAGUGGAUCCGUCUCACGGUCUUGCGGAUUCCCAGGUGGAAGACGCGCGAUCUCUCUAUGGAUGCAAUGAGUUGCCUCACGAGGGCGGGGCUUCUUUCUGGAAAUUGGUGCUCAAGCAAUUCGAUGAUCUUCUGGUGAAAAUAUUGAUAUUUGCGGCCAUUACUUCGCUCGUGCUGGCUGUUGUGGAUGGUGAAACGGGCUUCACGGCGUUCGUGGAACCAUUUGUCAUUCUGUUGAUACUGGCAGCAAACGCGACUGUUGGAGUCGUCACCGAGACCAACGCGGAAAAGGCUCUCAAGGAACUGAAAGCGUACCAAGCGGAUGUAGCAACAGUACUUAGAAAUGGACUGUUGUCGAUUGUGCCUGCUUCCAAUCUUGUUCCCGGAGACAUUGUCGAAGUCGCAGUCGGCUGUAAGGUACCGGCUGAUAUGCGAGUUAUCGAUAUGCUAAGCAGCAGCGCUCUCAGGGUCGAUCAAGCCAUCUUGACUGGCGAAAGCAGCUCCGUUGCUAAGGAGCUUGAAGAAAAUCCAGUCAUUAAUCCUGUGUAUCAGGAUAAAACCAGUAUACUCUUCUCGGGAACCAAUGUUACUGCUGGGCGUGCUCGGGCUAUCGUUGUCGCAACAGGUUCUGAAACAGCAAUGGGGAAAAUUCACAGUGCGAUGUCAGAAGUCACAGAGGAAAUGACUCCUUUAAAGAAACAACUUGACAAUUUUGGGGAGUUUCUGUCGAAGGUCAUUGCUGGCAUCUGUGUUCUUGUAUGGGUAGUUAACAUUGGCCACUUUCGUGACCCGGCUCACGGAGGGAUACUUCGUGGUGCCAUUUACUACUUGAAGAUUGCUGUUGCAUUGGCGGUCGCUGCCAUUCCAGAGGGGCUUCCUGCUGUGGUGACUACAUGCCUUGCACUUGGAACCAAGCGAAUGGCUAGCUUGAAUGCAAUUGUUCGGUCUUUACCAGCAGUAGAAACGUUGGGCUGUACAACUGUUAUUUGCAGUGACAAGACUGGGACUCUCACAACAAAUAUGAUGUCCGUGACGAAGAUAUGUGUUGUUGAAUCUGCUGCAACAUUAUCUGAAUUCACUGUCACUGGCACAUCGUAUGCUCCCGACGGUGUUAUACAAAAUGCAAACAAUCAGCAGAUUGAUUAUCCGGCGGCAUUUCCAAGUCUUGUUCAAGCGGCAAUCUGCUCUUCUCUUUGUAAUGACUGCAGUAUUCAGUACAAUGCUGAGAAAGAUAUCUACGAAAAGAUUGGGGAGUCUACAGAAGUUGCUCUUCGAGUGUUCAGUGAAAAGGUUGGACUACCAGGUUUUGAUUCCAUGCCAACAUCAUUAUCGGUGCUUAGUAAACAGGAACGUGUUUCUUAUUGUAAUCGAUACUGGGAGAGAUACUUGAAAAAGGCCUUCGUAUUAGAGUUUUCACAUGACCGAAAGAUGAUGAGUGUUCUCUGCUCGAAUGACGAACGAACAGUUUUGUUGUCAAAAGGGGCUCCCGAAGUGAUUUUACAACGUUCAAAUUACGUGGUCUGUAACCAGGACGGCUCCGUGACAAAAUUGAGCCCCGAACUUAAAUUGUCUCUCGAGGAGAAAUUUCACAGUUUUGCUUCUCAGGAAACUUUACGAUGCAUUGCGCUUGCGUACAAGGACGUCCCUACUGGACAACAAACUCUAACCGAGGACGACGAAAACGGUUUAAUUCUCAUAGGAAUGGUGGGGAUGAUGGAUCCCCCACGACCAGAGGUUAAAGCAGCCAUUGCGACUUGCAAGUCUGCUGGUAUACGAGUUGUUGUCAUCACCGGGGACAACAAGAAAACAGCAGAAGCUUUAUGCCAUCGUAUCGGUGUUUUUGACAAGUCAGACGAUGUUUCAAGCAAAUCGCUCACGGCAGCAGAGUUUGACAGCCUGACACCUAUGCAGCAAGCUGUUGCUGUGCAAAAUUUGGUUCUUUUUUCAAGGGUAAAUCCGUCUCAUAAGUCUAUGCUUGUUGAUGUCUUAAAGCGUCACAAGGAGGUGGUCGCGAUGACUGGAGAUGGUGUUAACGAUGCUCCUGCUUUGAAACAAGCGGAUAUUGGAAUAGCAAUGGGCUCCGGCACUGCAGUGGCAAAGGGUGCUUCAGACAUGGUUUUAGCUGACGACAAUUUCGCUACAGUAGUUGCGGCAGUUGCCGAAGGAAGAGCAAUUUAUAACAAUACCAAGCAGUUUAUACGCUAUAUGAUAUCAUCAAAUAUCGGAGAGGUUGUCUGCAUUUUUGUGGCCGCUGCUUUGGGACUUCCCGAAACACUAAUUCCUGUACAACUUCUUUGGGUUAAUCUCGUGACAGAUGGAUUGCCUGCUACUGCUCUUGGAUUUAACAAGCAAGACCGUAAUGUCAUGAUGGCCAAACCUCGAAAGAUGGACGAAGCAAUUGUCAAUGGCUGGCUCUUUUUUCGCUACAUGGUUGUCGGCGCCUACGUUGGUUUAGCUACAGUCGGCGGCUUCAUAUGGUGGUUUCUGUAUCAUGAAGAGGGGCCUCACUUGACUUGGAAGGAACUGGUAAGCUUGCAAAACUUCCGAUACAGUGCUAGAGUCAGUCUAUCUGCGCAGGUUAGCUUUAACGAGUGCAAGGAUGGAACCAUGCGCUAUUCCUGUUCAGUAUUUCGAGAUCGUCACCCGUCCACAAUAUCAAUGAGUGUUCUUGUUGUGGUGGAAAUGUUCAAUGCCAUGAACAACCUCAGUGAAAAUCAGAGCCUCCUAGUUCUUCCUCCGUGGAGUAACAUGUGGCUGAUGGCUUCGAUCGGUGUUUCAAUGCUGCUGCAUUUUUUGAUCCUGUAUCUUCGGCCUCUGUCUCUUCUGUUUUCGGUGACACCAUUAUCCUGGGCAGAAUGGAAAGCAGUGUUGUGGUUUUCAUUUCCGGUCAUUCUGGUGGACGAAGUCCUGAAAGUGUUGUCAAGACAAACUAGAGCUAGGAAAUUUGGAUUAAGACGUAGACCCGAGCUGCUGCUACCAAAGAGCCAGACGCGGCGGGUGUAAAGAGGGAAGAAAAUUCGUAAGCAUAUGCUGCUCUUUUGAAA